AUGGCGAAUAAACAAAACUCCCAAAAGAGCGUCAAGAUAGCAGCAGGAGCAGUGGUGUGUGUUGAAAGUGAGAUUAAAGGAGAUGUUACUAUUGGCCCAAGGACAGUGGUCCAUCCAAAAGCGCGAAUAAUUGCAGAAGCUGGCCCCAUUGUGAUUGGAGAAGGGAAUUUGAUCGAGGAACAAGCCGUCAUUAUUAACAGUUACCCUGAAAAUAUCACACCAGAUACUGAAGUGGAACCAAAGACGAUGACCAUUGGCAUUAAUAAUGUAUUUGAAGUUGGCUGUUUGUCACAAGCCCUUAAAAUUGGAGACAACAAUGUUAUAGAAUCAAAAGCUGAUGUAGGUAGGAAUGUCAUCCUAACCAGCGGCUGCAUCAUUGGGGCUUUCUGCCAGGUGAACACCUGUGAGGUCAUACCUGAGAACACAGUCAUCUAUGGCUCUGGAUGUAUGAGGCGGGUGCAAACUGAGAGGCCACAGCCUCAAACACUGCAGCUCGAUUUUCUAAUGAAGAUUUUGCCCAACUAUCAUCACUUGAAAACCAUCAAGGCCAGCCAUAAUUAA